GUUGAAAAUGUACCAGAAGCCAGUGAAGUGUUACAUGUGCCCUCACAUAGCCUAUGUAAAUGUGCAUUCAGUUGGUCUAUCACGCCUACUCUCACUGUUUUACAAAAUGGCAGGAAUGAGGAAACAUGAUAAGAUGAUACACACAUAUCCUGAAUUACUUUACCUGGCUUGACUUAGUCAACAUAUACUCUGGCUGGGUACUCUGGCUGGGUGUUCAUGAAAAGUGUCUGUGAAGCUGCUCUGAAGGACCCAUCCUUGACUUUGAGAAACGGUGAAUGUCUCCUGGCAGGCCAGCAAACCCUUCUUUUUCUGUGAGCUUUUCUUUUGGCAGUUUGCAAACUGAGUGCAUUACCACCACCAUCUGCUGGACUGAGGUGCAAUGGCAAGUGUACCCUGUAGCCUCGUUCUGGCCGCCGGGUGAACAAGGCGAAUAGUUGAUUUCACAUUAACCCAAUGAUGUUUGAUUCUUCCUGGAUGAAAUUGGAAGGUGGAGAUUUGUAAUGAAAUGGCUAUUGUGAGUUGAUUAUUUCUGCAUUGGUAAAGACUGUCACAUUGAUAGCCUAGCUGUCUUUUGUUUAUUUCGUUUUUGAAUAGUGGUGUGUUCUUCGCGCAGAUCACAACUGAAAGUCUUGAGAUUGUAAUCACCAGGUGAUGACAGCAAAUGAAACCAGAGGAGCAUUGCACAGGAGGAUCGUGCUGGUGGGGAAGACUGGAUCAGGAAAAAGUGCAACAGGAAACACCAUCCUGGGAAGAAAUGCUUUUGAAAGCAACGCUCUACCCAGUCACGUGACUGACGUGUGUGAGAAACACGACGGGGAGGUGGAGGGCAGAGACGUUGCCGUGAUCGACACGCCGGGAAUCUGUGACAGGAACAAGACGGAGGAGCAGAUGAGGAAACUGAUGGCCAACUGCAUCAAGCUGUCCCUCCCUGGACCACACGUGUUCCUGCUGGUGAUCAGACUGGGAGUGAGAUUCACAGAAGAGGAAGAAAAUGCUGUAAAGUGGGUCCAGGACAACUUUGGACAAGACGCGUCACGUUACACGAUUAUAUUGUUCACUCAUGUAGAUCAGCUGAAAGGUAUUACUGUGGAGGAUUGCUUAAAGCAUGAGAGUCUUAAUAGGAUUUACAAUAGCUGUGGAGGAAGGUAUCUGCCAUUCAACAACAGUGAUAGAAGUAACAGAGAACAGGUACAACAUCUUCUGGAGAAGAUUGACAACAUGCUUCAGGUAAAUGUAGGAGAGUUUUACACCAACAACAUGUACAAGGAGGCUCAGAGAAAGAUCAAAGAAGAGGAGGAGAGAAAGAGACAGGAGGAGGAGAGGAAAAAGGAGGAGGAGAGAAGGAGACAGGAGGAGGAGUGGAGACGGCAGGAAGAUAUACGAAAAGAGGAGGAGAAAAGGAGGUACGAAGAUGAAAGAAGACGAGAAGAAGACAGAAGGAGACAAGAGGAGGACAGAAGACGACAGGAGGAGGACAGAAAACGACAGGAGGAUGAAAGAAGAAGGGAUGAAGAGGAAAGAAGGAGAGAAGAAGAGGAAAGAAGGAGAGUGGAAGAACAGAGAAGAAUGCAGGACGAGAUCAGGAGACAACAGGGAAACUCGUGCUUCAGGAGAUGUUGUCCAUGCUUGUACGCAGAUCCAGAAAGAGAACUAUGACAUUGUGGCCUAUGGCAUACUAUGAGCAUCACAUUUAUUUUCAGCAUUAUUUUUUGUGAAUCACUUUGAAUGCGAUUAUAUGUUAUACUGCAUUUCAUGUCUCUGGAACAGAUUCAGAAAGGCUAUAGGUGACUGUUAUACUGCAUGUCUGUUUACUGUGCAACUAUGUAAACAUAUACAUUACUGAUGAAGUGGUAUUAUAUAAGGCCUAACAGCUAGAAAUGCCACAAUGCAUUAUAAAGCUUGUUUUACAUUUAUAAUGCCACCAUUAAUCUUGAAGUUGUUUUUUCUUCUUGUUAUUUUGUAACUGAUAAUACAUAUAAAUAGGUCACCUGCAGUAGAAAGAAAGCAAACAUUUGAGACCACACGAUUAGGGUUCCAUUUGAAAACAGAUACAACAGCGACACCUACUGGUCAAUUUGCCUUGAGGGUUUGAAAAAGACUUCAUGACCUGUCGUGCAACCGGCGUAAGGUGGCGCAAAGUGUCCUCCAAAGUGUGAGGGACAGAUGAUGACCUCUGCAGAGUGGCCGCUAUGUUGUAUCUAUCAUAACAUUUAUACCAUACCUGACAGGCAUCUGGAACAGUGAAAUGGGUAUUAUUACUCAGGAACGAACAAAACCAAGGCUGCCUAGAUAACAAUCUGGUCUUUAUACAGUAAAUGUGUUUAAACACACAGUGGUGACUGCAUACCAGACCAUUUCUAUUGGAUACUUACCGGUAGCUCCUUUACUGUCAGUGUUCAGCAGCAACAGAUCUCUAUCACUACCCACUGUCUCGUUUAUGUACAGAUCGCACAGAAACAAAUAACCAGUUACAGCUGUGCUGCAGCAUUGUAAGACUUCCAAACAAACAGUAAAGGGCAGUGAAAGGUCAUGUCUCUGGAAAUAGUUAUGCAUGGAGAAUUACAUACAUUGUACUUAAUUUAACCGCAC